GUUUUAUCCUUAUCACUACGCUCCAUGUGCUUCAGAUUUCUCUGGCCUUAAUCAGAUGGAAAUCUGCUUCACACUUGGAAAACCCUUCAAGCCAUUUGAUCAGUUAAUGGGUGUCUUGCCUGCUGCAAGGAAAUUGAUGACAGAACCAUUGUCACCUAUUUUGGACUUCUAUCCUACUGAUUUUGAGCUUGAUAUGAAUGGACGACGGCAUGCUUGGCAGGCUGUUUGUAAAUUACCAUUUAUCAAGGAGUGCCGCCUUCUUUCGGAGAUUGCAAAAGUGGAGCAUACAUUGACGGAUGAAGAAAAGCAAAGAAACAGUUUGGGCCUGGAUAUUCUAUUUCUUCACACUUCACAUCCUUUAGCAAUGAAGAUCUUUUCUUUUUGCAAGCGAAAUAGGGAUCAUCCAAAGUUGCUGAAGACUAAACUCAAACGGAAAAUUAACCCUCAAUUCAGGUGUG